ACGCACGCACGCACGCCGCACGUCGUUUGCGUGCCUCGCGCCAUCUUUCCAGCCGGCUCCAGCAGAAGAACACGUUGCUGAGCGGAAAAAAAAAAAAAAACAACAACCGAAGUUUCAGCGCCGGUUUUCAGCGUCUGAACGACGUUUUACCGGCCAGAGAAGCGAACGGGAGCCGAGCAGGGCUCCGCAGGUGCUAGCGUCCGUCAUUCCAGCCCUCCGUCAUGGCGGAUAAGAACAUCCGGAUCGCCAUCGUCAACCACGACAAAUGCAAACCGAAGAAAUGUCGUCAGGAGUGCAAGAAGAGCUGCCCGGUGGUCCGUAUGGGUAAGCUGUGCAUCGAGGUGACGCCACAGUCGAAGAUCGCCUGGAUCUCAGAGUCUCUGUGUAUAGGCUGCGGCAUCUGCGUCAAGAAAUGUCCGUUUGGAGCGCUGUCGAUCGUCAACCUGCCGAGCAACCUGGAGAAGGAAACCACACACAGAUACUGCGCCAACUCCUUCAAACUGCACCGGCUGCCCAUCCCCAGACCCGGUGAGGUGCUCGGCCUGGUGGGGACCAACGGUAUCGGGAAGUCCACGGCUCUGAAGAUCCUGGCUGGGAAACAGAAACCCAACCUGGGCAAGUACGACAACCCUCCAGACUGGCAGGAGAUCCUGACGUACUUCAGAGGUUCUGAGCUGCAGAACUACUUCACCAAAAUCCUGGAGGACGACCUGCGGGCCAUCGUCAAGCCGCAGUACGUCGACCAGAUCCCCAAAACCGUCAAGGGGUCAGUCGGGGCCAUCCUGAGCAGGAAAGAUGACACCGACACACAGACCCUCGUCUGUAAACAGCUUGAUCUGAGUCACCUGCGAGAGAGGAACGUGGAGGAUCUGUCCGGAGGAGAGCUGCAGAGGUUCGCCUGCGCCGUCGUCUGCAUCCAGAGAGCCGACAUUUUUAUGUUCGAUGAGCCGUCCAGUUACCUGGAUGUGAAACAGAGGCUGAAGGCGGCCAUCACCAUCCGCUCGCUCAUCACUCCGGACAGGUACAUCAUCGUGGUGGAGCAUGACCUCAGCGUGUUGGACUACCUGUCCGACUUCAUCUGCUGUCUGUACGGAGUCCCGAGCGCCUACGGAGUCGUCACCAUGCCGUUCAGCGUCCGAGAGGGGAUCAACAUCUUCCUGGACGGUUACGUCCCCACGGAGAAUCUCCGGUUUAGAGAGACGUCGCUCGUCUUCAAGGUGGCCGAGACGGCCAACGAGGAGGAAGUGAAGAGACUCAGGCAUUACCAGUAUCCGGAGAUGUCGAAGACGAUGGGCGAGUUCACGCUCGACAUCAAAGCAGGAGAGUUCACCGACUCUGAGAUCAUGGUGAUGCUCGGAGAGAACGGCACGGGGAAGACGACCUUCAUCAGGAUGUUGGCUGGAGGACUUCGAUCUGACGGAGGAGGUGAGGUUCCCAUCCUGAACGUCAGCUACAAGCCUCAGACCAUCAGCCCCAAGUUCAAGGGCAGCGUGCGAGCUCUGCUGCACGAGAAGAUCCGAGACGCCUACACUCACCCACAGUUCAUCACCGAUGUCAUGAAGCCCAUGCAGAUCGAGAGCAUCAUCGACCAGGACGUGCAGAACCUGUCCGGUGGUGAGCUGCAGCGAGUUGCUCUCACUCUGUGUUUGGGGAAACCGGCUGACGUUUACCUAGUCGACGAGCCGUCGGCGUACCUGGACUCUGAGCAGAGAUUGAUGGCCGCCAGAGUCAUCAAGAGGUACAUCCUCCAUGCCAAGAAGACCGCCUUCGUGGUGGAGCACGACUUCAUCAUGGCGACCUACCUGGCCGACAGAGUCAUCGUGUUCGACGGUAUUCCCUCCAAGAAGACCGCGGCCAACACUCCUCAGAGUCUGCUGGCCGGGAUGAACCGCUUCCUGUCACUGUUGGAAAUCACGUUCAGAAGAGACCCGAACAACUUCAGACCGCGAAUCAACAAGCUCAACUCCAUCAAGGACACCGAACAGAAGAAGAGCGGGAACUAUUUCUUCCUGGACGACUAAGACGACUUCCUGCGUGACCAACAGCCUCGCCGCGCUCCGUGAAUGGACGGACAGGCGAGCGGGCGGGGCUGCGUUCAUAGUCCAAAGUGCAGCUUUGACAUUUACCACAACUGCAACCAGGCUGCGUUCAUCAACAAACAGCAGCUCAAACAUUAAAAAGAAGAAAAAAAACUCAUCAGCCUUUGUGUACCGGGCUGCGUUCAGCGGCCAACAAUGUUGUGAAACGUUUAAAAUAAAAAAAAUAUAAAGUGCAUUGCAUUCUGUGUCCGUCAGCCUGAACAUACCGGGCUGAAUUCACAAGCCAGCGACAUUGUGGAACAUUACGCAGCGUAUUUUAACACUCAUGCAUUGACAACAAAUAAACUGAUGCUACCUGAUACGA